AUGAACGGCCACCAAGCCCUCUUCGGCGUCCUCCUCUCCCCUCCCGCGACGACCCCCUGUCUCGAGCGCAGCUACUUCUUCCUCUUCGCGAAGCGCUUCAACAACGGGCCGGUGCCGCACGUCGUCGAGGACGUGGACAAGGACAUCAUCGACACGGCCAUCGUCAUCAAGAACAUCCCGUUCGCGUGCCCCAAGGAGCAGCUCCUCAACAUCAUGUCUUCCCUUGCGCUUCCUGCGCCGUUCGCGUUCAACUACCACUACGCGCCGGAGGACCCGACCUCGUUCCGCGGCCUCGCCUUCGCCAACUACCGCGACGGCCACGAGGCGGGCGUCGUGCGUGCCGCCAUGGACGGCCUCGAGAUCAUGGGCCGCAAGCUCCGCUGCGAGUUCAAGAAGCAGCUCAGGCCGGGCGAGAAGGAGGCCAUCGAGCGCACCAAGGCCCUCAAGCGCAUGCGCUCGGCACAGCUCCUCGCCGGCGGCAGCGGUGGCGGCGGGGCGCCCGACUUUGGGUGGAACCGCCGCGAGGCGAGUGCGCCGGGCGGGCACGCCGGCGGCGGCAUGGUCACGGGCGCGUCGGGUGGGGGCGGCGGCGGCGGGGCAGGGGGGAACGCCGGGCUCGGAGUGAGCGCGGGCGAGGACGGCAUCGAGGACUACGGGCGGCCGCUCGCGUUCGGCCAGGGCACGCAUCUCGGCGGUGGACUGUCGCACCCCUCGAUCCGAGCGACCCGCCGACGCUCGAGCCGCACGAUCCUCUUGCAGCGCGACUUGCGUCGACGACGGCGGGGCGCGCUCGUCGUCGCGACCAAGCCCGGGACGGCGCCGGGGCACGACUCGCGCCGGUGCGCCUGA